ACAAGAAAUUGCAUUCAGUUUCAAACUCUGUUUCAAGUAUUAUUACAGAUAACCCCGUAAUCGAAAAAAUGGCCUUUAAGUUCAUCAGUCUAUUGGCUUUGGUAGCUGCAGCUAACGCUGGUUUUGUACCAGCAAGUUAUCAUGCGCCAUUGGCUUACGCAGCACCUGCGGCAUAUGCAGCUCCAGCAAUAGCUAAAGUUGCGACACCAGUAUUGGCCAAAACUAUUGAAGAUAAUUACGAUCCUCAUCCACAAUACAGCUACUCAUACGAUGUCCAAGAUUCCAUAACUGGGGACAACAAACAACAAUACGAAUCCCGCAAUGGUGACUCUGUCCAAGGCAGCUACUCACUUCUUGAAGCCGAUGGUUCUCGUCGUAUUGUUGACUACACUGCUGAUGCAAUCAAUGGAUUCAAUGCUGUUGUACGUAAAGAACCCGCUCAAGUUGCUGUCAAAGCUGUACAUGCUGCUCCAGUUGUUCAUGCUGCCCCGGUAGUUCAUGCUGCUCCAGUUGUUCACGCUGCACCUUUGGUACACGCAGCCCCUGCACCAGUUGCCUACGCUGCUCCUUUGGCUAAACUUUACCACUAAACACUAAGACUAGAAAAAUUAAUACUGUAAAAGCUGAUUGUUAGU